ACGGAGCCUCAGGGCAAGAUGACGUGAUUCGUCCAAAUUUGACGGUAAAUUCUCCAGUAGCAGCUAAUACUCCUCGGCCCGCACAUGCGCCGAUGAGAUUCCGCUCUUCCGAACCUCAACAGCCGACCCUCACUCGUCCUGCGAUCGGUCGGGUUCAGCUGUGUGGUCCUCCCGCUGCGUAGACUCACAUCGGCCGCAUCGUCGUCUCACAGUUGUCCGUGCGAUGCACUCAGAAGAGAGCUUGUCGCUUCCGAGCUUCUCGAACUUCUCCAUGGAUACGAACAGCACCGAUCAGCCACUGGACUUCCUGGUCCAUGUCGGUCGCUACGGCCCGCCGCUCGAGUACGCGAUGCCAUUGUACGGCUACGCGAUGCCUCCUCUCAUGAUUCUGACAAUCGUAGCUAAUACGUUCGUGGCAGUGGUUCUCUCGCAGAGACACAUGAUCACGCCCACGAACAUCGUUCUCCUGGCAAUGGCAGUGUGCGACAUGUUCACAUUGACAUUCCCAGCGCCUUGGUUCUUUUAUUUGUACACGAUGGGCAAUCAUAAAUCGGCCCUGGGGCCCUCAUCCUUGUGUCUCGCUUAUCAUACGAUGUGCGAAAUGCUGCCGAACACCUUCCGAACCACCUCGAUCUGGCUAACCGUCCUGCUCGCCGUGCAGAGAUACAUAUACAUUUGUCAUCCAACGACUGCGAGGACGGUGUGCACCGUCCCGAACGUGUGUAAAACCAUUGUCGCGAUCACUUGCUUCGCGUUCGGUCACAUGAUUCCAAAAUUUUUCGACGUGACCUUCUACGACAUCACUCUCCCCCACGACGGCAACUUAUCGAUUGUGUGCGCUAAGAAACAGGCUAACUGGCUGCUGUUCUUCACCCCUACUGUCUUCUAUAAUGUGUACUAUUCCUUCAAGAUGGUUUUCGUUAACCUCAUACCUUGCAUCGUCCUGGUUGUACUCAAUAUCCUGCUAUUCUUAGCUUUGCGACGAGCGAAAGAGAACAAAAUGAGGCUACAAGACAAGAACAAACCGUCGAGCAAGCGGAACCGAGAUUCGCAGAGUACAACCCUGAUGCUGAUCGUCGUCGUUACGAUGUUCCUCGCCACUGAGAUUCCUCUGACUACCGUCGUGUUCAUUCACGCUCUCCACAACAACGACAUCAUAUCGGGCGAUUAUAAAACUUUGAACACGAUCCUGACUCUCGUCAACUUCUCGUUGCUGACGACAUAUCCGUUGAAUUUUGCCAUAUAUUGCGGCAUGAGCAAGCAGUUCAGGAACACAUUCCGGGAACUUUUCAUCACCGGCUGGCUGCGCAAUCCGGGUGAACCCACUAAGGCCCAGAUGAUCAACACGCUAGAGACCACGAUCUGAAAUUGACGUCCAUUGUACGGGGUGAACUCAUGCAGGCCGUCUAGCUCAGUCCGUAUGAGCUCCGCUGUCCGUUCCCUCAGCAUUUAGUUAGUCUGACGGAGUCAUGUUUAGUAUCCUCGGGAAAAUCAAUUCCCGCAGGGGAUCCAUCACGACGAUCAGGGGAGGAGGAGUAGGUCGGA